UUGCGUCCGUAAGUUACGACAGGAAGGGGCCACGGCGUGGCCCGGGUGGAUAGGCUUGCGCGCGCAACCGCGCCUGAACUUCGGCGCCCGGCAUUUUAUCCUGGGCUUCUGCGGGCGCCGCGCUUUGGAAUCUCAAGAAGACUUCAGCGAACAGCCCCCCCGAAAGGAGUUUGUCCCGACUCCGGCCCUGCCAGUACUGGGAAACGCGCAAGACUGCGCGGACCGAUGGCCGCCCGCAGAGGACAG